CCCCUGUGUCUGGGGAUGGAGGGGCCGGGCUGUGGCAGGGUGCGGGGUCUCCUUGUUCAAUGCGUUUCCCUCUCUCUCUAGGUCUCCACCAUGAGCGAGAUGAAGAGCUACUCACAGGCUGUCACUGGAUUCUUGGCCAGUAUGCUGACGUAUCCCUUUGUGCUCGUCUCCAACCUGAUGGCCAUUAACAACUGUGGGCUGGCUGGUGGCCUCCCCCCCUACGCACCCAACUACUCCUCUUGGUUAGACUGCUGGAGCCAGCUGCUCAAGGAGGGGAACAUGAACCGAGGGAACAGCCUCUUUUUCCGGAAGGUGCCUGCAGGGAAGCUGUACGUGUGGGAGGAGAAGCGGUUCCGCUGAGGCUGGAGCUGGGCGAGGGGCCCGGGGCCGGGCCAGAGGCUGGGCCAGAUGCACUGAAUGAUGGGAGAGUGGUGAUUUCUAUACAGUUUUUUAAAUAAUGAUUCAAUCUUGGGAAA